GACCCACCCCACACUGUAGACACAUGCAGGUACGCACAGACGAACAGAUGUGUUGGUAUAACCCUACCAGCUAGAAUCGGCCUUAACGAGCGGUAUACAUCUUUUCAGAAAGGCACCGAGGCACGGCACAACAAAAUAUAGAAGGCGCCAGGAUUCCCAAUAUUUGCCACGCUACGGCAUUUGAGUAUGUACCGGCCACAUCUCGGUGCAUUUCAGGGUUUACCCAAGACACUAAUAACAGGCAAAAGUUUAGCCAGCGGAGAGCGCCUUAUACACUUUGAUGAAAUGAAAGACUCGCAACGAGAUGCCCACAUUGCGCAUGUGCGCAAGAAAGGCGGAAACGAGAUUCAUACGCCUCGUUAUGCGUGGAAAGAAAACACCCAAACGAACCUGGGGCGACCGAGGAGUAAGCUUAUGAACAGCGGCGAUGCAGAACCACCAGAAGGCAAAACGUUUGAUUCAACAAAUCAAGAAACAGCAAUUAUUGCGAAAGAGACCCUGCUAAAAAGUGACGUCCAAGCGUCCGGCUUUCCUACGCGCGAUUCAAAGCAAGAACUGCCGAAUGUGGGUCAUCAAGUAGAGCAGCACAGUCGAGAGAUGGCGGGCGAUGAGGAUAUGAAAAACAUCCCAGCGUCCGCACUGAAAAGUGAUAUGCUCAAGUCGCUACAAAUGAUGGGCCAGUUCUCGAGGAAAAACCUCUUCCCGGGCUUGGGAAAGAAUCGGUUUGAAACCUUGAAUACAUCGGUAUACAGUGAUGAGGUGCACCAACGCAGAUUUCCCGAAACGGAAAAGUACAGGUUGAGAAAAGAUGAAUUUAGAAAGCGUAACCCUCCAAGAGGUAACAACACGGAUGCUAAAGGACUUCAUGGCACCAUUCCACUGAUGUCGGGACAAGUCUCCAAGCUACCCACCAUCGUGGCAAAACCUGAAACCGAACCGGACGCAAACCACGGACCGUCCGAGCUGGGAGCGGAAUCUGCCAGUCUCUUUGGGUUUGGUAAUCCCCCGGCAGCUACACAGUCCGAUAUCCAACAGUUCCCCGAGAAAUACGACAGAGAUGAAGAGUUCUGGACAUUCUACAAUUCUCCCGUGCGAGUUCGUUCAUAUCCUUCGUUUAUUUAAAUAAUGUAAAUCUUAAAAUAGUAGCGAUCUUAAAGAAGUGACUUUAUAGCGACAUAAAUCUUUAGUUUAAGUUGUAGAAUCAGAUGAAAUAAUAGUUUGGAUCACUUUUGACGUUAUGCACUUUACAGAUAUUUUAAAUGUAGUAGAAAAUUACAGUAAUGUGUCUUUUAACUAACUAUUGUUGUUUUCCAUCAUUUUAGUUUAAUCAGUAGUAUGUUACCAUUGUUGAGUUUUCAGAUAAUCACCGACAAAACAAUCGCACAUUUAAAAAAAAAAAAAAUACUUUGCUGUACGUCUCUUUAAAUUUGGCGUCAUCACUAAAAUUUUAUACUCACUAACAUGUCCUGAUUUAUAAUUAUUUUUAUUCACUAGGUGACAUGUCUACUUACCUUAGUUAUAAUUAGUACAUUCCCCCACUCUAUCCAACUGAUGAAUUCGAAGAGCUAAUAAUACACUGUGGACAGUUUAUAUAUAUAUAUAUAUAUAUAUAUAUAUAUAUAUAUAUAUAUAUAUAUAUAUAUAUAUAUAUAUAUAUAUAUAUAUAUGUAUAUGUAUAUGUAUAUUUGUGUAUUUGCUACAAUAGUUUGGUUUGUCCAAAAUGCUACAAUGUCUUGACAUUAUACUGCCUCUGGUCCAGUCUUGUCCUCUGCCUCAAUUGUCUUAGAACAUGUCAAUAAUUCAAUAACAGUUAAUUUCUAACUGUUCUUUGACUAAACCAAAAUAUUAAUAAAACUAACGAAACCUUUAUUUCAUAGUUUUUCUUUCUGAAAAAUGCAACAACGACAACAACAACAACAACAACAACACAAACAUCAUCAUCACCAUCAUCAUCAUCAUCAUCAU